GGGAUUUUCAUUUUAGUUCACACUUUUCUCUUUUCAAUGUUGGGUAAUUUGCUUGUCUAAACUAGGAGGAAAAAUGUUAACGGUAAUUAGAAGAAAGUCUUUAUAUGUAACCACUAGCUUGAGAUGGAAAAGUGAAAAGAGCAAUAAUUUAAAAUAUUAAAGGUAAAAUAAAAGAAGUGUUACAAUCACUGUUAUGCUGGAAAUAUGAUGAAAUAAAGAAUGGUAUAAUAUAUAUGAAUUGGAAGUGGCUUAAUAUACAUUAAAGAACAACUUACAUGUUUGGAUCUAUUUCAUUCAAUGACUAGAAUCCAUAGUUGUAAAGGCUGUAAAUGUAAUGUAUUACUUUGGUGAAUUUUUGGUCCAAUUUUUAAAGUAAAUGGCAUUUUUAUUAUUACAUGAUAAGGAACGUGUUUAAGUAUCAUAUAAGGUGACUUGAAAUAUUAUUGUACAUGAGCUCAUUCACAUUCUCGGACUAAAGAGGAUAAUGAGCCAGUACACAAAUAUUUUAAAUCAAAAAGCCAUUUAAUUUUGGGACAAAAAUUCUGAAAUUUAUUUAAUAAAUUGAAGCCUGCGUAAAAGUUUAAUUACACAAAUAAUAUUGCUUAGCAAGACUUGACAUGUACGUGCACUUGAAUUCAAAAUUUAAAAGUGCUUUACUUGGUCAUAGUCAGUUAGUAAUGAUCCGGUCAUAAUGGAUCAUGGGGCGGCAGUAUUGUAGGAGCACUUAAACAUUUUUACCAAUUAUUUUGAUAUAUUAAUACUUAUCCGAUUUCCAAGGAAAAACAGUCCGCUGCAUGCUCUCAUUCUUCUUACGAUCAGAAGCUUUUGAACUCUUUUUUUUUUCUAUUCGAUUGAGAGACCCACGAACAAUCAUUUCGUUCCAAUUAGCUCUUUCUUAAUUUAGCUUUUUCAAUUCCAAAGAUUUUGAGUUCUUACUCGAGAGAAAAAUAAAAGUUCCAUAGUUCAUACUUCAUUUCCUUUUCCGGCUCAUCUCUUUCAAUUGGCAAUUGGGCAACGGUCGAAGUGUUUGUGUCAAGCAAUCUAAAGGAUUGGAACAGAGGUAGGAUUAUCCUGGGAGCGAGUUGGCCAGUCCCGUUCGAGUAGCUAUCGAGAUACGGGGCUAUCUUUCUUCAAGGCCAGUCCGGUUAACGGACGAUCUUACGCUAAGUCUUCUUUUCUAUACUUUUUAUAUUAAUAUUUUAUUUCUAAUUAUUGUUUCUAUUUUAUUUGUUCUUGCAUUUGGUGGUUUGUCUGGUGAUUUGUGAUUAAACUCGGGAUUUUAUCUGACUAAACUUGUCAUUUAAUACUAUUUUUCCAACAUGUUACUCGUAUUAUAUUUUUCGCAGUACUUUAUUCAAACAAAAUAAUCGUAGUACUCCUUUUUCAAAUGCUUUUUUUUGGCAAAUCCUUUUUCAGAUAUUUAAGAACUCUUUUUCAAUAAUUUCAGAGUACGUAUGUCUAAAAAAAGGGAUUGGAAGUGGGGUACGUACCUCAGCCUUGGAAACUUUAACACACAGCUCCCUGAGUCUUCUCUUUUCUUGAUCCUAAUUGAAGAAAUAAUCUAUACGACUAUCUUAUCUAUAUAGUAAAACAGAAAAGUGUGGGGAUUUUGGGCGGGAAUGACAUUUCCCUUAUGUGUCCCGUUAGUUUCCUUCUAGAUUAGUUUUAAUCAAUGCAAUAAUUACUCUGUUUAGAUUCUCGGUAUUGUGCUUCUCGAAAUCAUUAUUGCUGCAAUCUUGCCUAUUAAUUGCUAUAAAAUCUGUUGUUGUGUUUAGUAAAAAAAUACAUUGCACAAUUUAUUUUUAACAUGGGAAACUGAAAUUGGGCGGACAGUUAGAAGGAAUUUAUUGUCUUUUCAAUGUUUUCGAAAGAAUGCAAUUAAAGUUGGCUCUUCAAAUCCCAAGUGGCUCUUCAAAUAUUCUAGCUACAUGGACGGAAACCCCAAUCGUUUGGUUGGCCGAAAAUGUGAGUUUAAAAUUAAAACCAGACAACUUCAUCUUAAUUGGUGGAGCAAUGCCGGCAAGUGCUGUUUGGCUUCACCAAGAAACAUUCAAAACUUAUCUAAUUAAAAAACUUAUCUAGAUGAAGUGCUCCCUAAACUAGAGUUAGGAAAAUUGCCAAACUAAAGGGCGACUUUCCUUCCAAAAUACUCCGUACCAAAUGCGGCUUCAGCAGGAAUGGAAACAGCCUAUUGGAGAGGAUGGGGAUAAGGUGCCACGUGGCAUCCAGAUUUAAAGAAUGGUAGUUUCUAUGGUACCCAUCCAUAAGGUACCGUACCUUUGUCCACAUGGACCAAUGAAAAAGUAGCAGUUGAAUUAUUUAAAUCUAAAUUAAAAUUGAUAAAGUGAUGUGGUCCAAUCAAAUGAAUGGUAGGUACGGUACCUCUGUUUUUAGAAAGGUACCAGAGUUGUCACCUUAAAGAAUUCUCUUUUUUUAAGUGCUAUAUCUUUUAAUCGCAACAUGUUGACUUUUUGUACUGUUCACAUGAUCUACUUUGACUACAUUUUACACUAUUAUUUUAUGGAAAUUAUUUAAAAAAAUAUAUAUUUUUCAAGUCAUCUCAUUACAAAAUUUCAAAAUCUGAUUUUUAAUAUUUUUUUAUUAUUAGAGAUUAAGAUAUACUUAUGGUCAAAUGUGUGCGUUGUCAAAUGUGAAAAGGUUGACUGUUUCAACUAAAAAAGAAUGGAGGAAGUAUACUGUUGAGGUUUUGUCCCGUAGAUCCGGAAGCCCAACAUAAACUUCGGAUAUUAAGGACGAUGGAUUCGGUAUAUAAAAGUGAAUAUAAAUAUAAAAGUGUAUGAACUAGCUAUUUUUACGUGGAAACCCGGAAAGGGAGAAAACCACGGGACUUUUUAGGCUAACGUCCAAGCCCGCUCUUUCUCAUUAAUAUGCUCCCAUCACUCAUUUACAAUUUUACAUAGUACCAAUAUUUCUUGGAUCUUCCAUUAAUGGAGCUUUAAUAACUAAGCUAAAAGAAUAAGAAAUAAGGAUGAAGAACUCAUCCAGGAAAGGAGAGCCAGAAAAAGCCGUCCCUUUGAGUGGAAGCCUUCCUUCCUAUUUAUAGGAAAAGGGGAGGGCUUUUCUAUUCUAAUAAGGCCUUAAUGGGCCGAAGCAGGCCCAUGUGGGCCGAAAUGGGCCGGUUGGCCUAAAUGGGCCUCGCCAAAUGGGCCCCGUACCGGGGUGGUGUCUUGGGCAUCUGAACAGUAGUAGGCCGGGAUAUUAUUCCCCAACACAAGUCCCCCAGUUUCUUGAGUAGUGAGCCUGUGAAUCUGCUCGAGAAAGUAUACUCUUGCUCACGUCCUUCCCUGAAUCAGUGCUUGAAUAGUCUUGGACGCAAGGCAUGCAUAAAUGAUGAACGAGGUGCAGUCCCUCGCUAGGCACGGCGGCGCUGAAAAGCCAGCCGCUCGUGCUGUAUAAAGCGGCGCUCGCCAUCCCAGAUCAAGGAUGGACGAGCCCGACCGAGAGCCAGGCACGACGGUGCUGUGGAGACCGUGCGUGCUGCAUAAGAGCGACGGUUGCCAUCCCAGAGCAAGGAUGGACGAGCCCGCCAGAAAGCCAGGCACGGCGGUGCUGUGGAGCCCGUACGUGCUGCAUAAGAGCGACGGUUGCCAUCCUAUAGUAAGGAUGGACGAGCCCGCCAGAAAGCCAGGCACGACGGUGCUGUGGAGCCCGUACGUGCUGCAUAAGAGCGACGGUUGCCAUCCUAUAGUAAGGAUGGACGAGCCCGCCAGAAAGCCAGGCACGACGGUGCUGUGGAGCCCGUACGUGCUGCAUAAGAGCGACGGUUGCCAUCCUAUAGUAAGGAUGGACGAGCCCGCCAGAAAGCCAGGCACGACGGUGCUGUGGAGCCCGAACGUGCUGCAUAAAAUAAGCGAUCGUCAUCCUAGAUUAAGGAUGGACGAACCUGACUCGGACAGACAUGGACUUGACUCGACUCAGACAGACCUGGACUUGACUCAGACGGACAUGGACUUGACUCGACUCAGACAGACCUGGACUUGACUCGGGACCACCGCGGGCCAUCAUGAAUUCACAUCACCUCCCAGCCAAUUUAUAUCCCCCGUUCGCUCGCCUUCGCCGAACGGGUCGUUCUCCCCUGGUCGUUCCAAACAAUAGUUCCAUUCGCCCGUUCGUCCCACUAGAACGGUCUGAUGUACAAUGAUGAUCACGUCGUGCCGAGGUGGCUGAUCGUAGAGCUACAGAAGCGGUCAGAUCAUCUGGAUAAUAGGUCAUUUCUGCUAUAAGUCAGCACCAGGGUUAAGGUGCAAGCUGUUCGGCUUAUUUCCGAUAUUUGUUCGUAGUUUCCUGAUCCGCAAGGCAUCACCUCUUGCUGCCUGCUGCCUUGUAGGCCCAAGGCUGAUGUAACUUGUUCGUGUUAUCAUCCGUGUUCUUCCUGAUCCGCAAGGCAAUCACCUCUUGCUGCAAGACAGUUUCACAAUUUGUGUAGUGUCUGCCAUCUUCCAAGCCCAUAAUUCCGAUGCAUACCGUCGGUUUUACCGUCCGGGGUCAUCCAUAUCAUGAGGUUGAGAUGUCCAUCCUGGACCAUUGAGAAUAAGGCUCCCAAGCCGGGUCUCCCCCUUAUUCUCUGCCAAAAUGGAGACUCGCCUUCAGGUUACAGCUCGGGUUCCACCACAAUAAAUCACUACAUCGUGGUUCGGGCGAGCUGCAUAGCCAAGGCAAGAUUUUAAGACCAGAGUCCCGAUCCCCCGCUCGGUCACCCUAUGACUUCGGAUGCCGCCCGGUUCGUCCUACUCAAGAUCUUUUACACCAUCUCCCAAGCUGAGUCCGGGCUUGGUUAACCUGCAUCUUUUUUUUUUUUUUUUUUUUUUUGUGCUGAGAUGGUGGCUCCCCAUGGAUCGAGACAAGUGGUAUCUAUCGAUCGAGGUGAGACUUUAUGGAAUGUGAAGAUGCCUCCUAAGCAAAUAAUGUCGUGCCGUGGGGCUGAUCAUGAUAUGAAGACAUGAAUAAAUCCAAGGGUCUUGCGAGCGCCCUCUGCUCAAGGACAGCGGCAGCAGUCCACAAAAUGUAGCCAUGCUGAAAGUCAAGCAACGGUCCUCAUCCGCGCAGUGCGGGGACGAGGCCGCUCUUCAAAGAGGAUAAACAUGUCGUGCCGACAGGCCGAUCAUGAUAUGAUGAUGUCGGCAAUGAGAAGCCAACCUGAAAAUCAAGCAACGGUCCUUAUCCACGCAGUGCGGGGACGAGGCCGGUCUUCAAAUAUGAUAAUGGCACCGUACCAUAGGGUCGGUGGCCAUGUAAUGAGGUCGCCACUGGGGGCUGAUCGGAAAGGAACUAGCAACGGUCCUUGUCUGCGCAGUGCGGGGACAAGGCCGGUCUUCAAAUAUGAUAAUGGCACCGUACCAGAGGGUCGGUGGCCAUGUAAUGAGGUCGCCACCGGGGGCUGAUCGGAAAGGAACAAGCAACGGUCCUUAUCUGCGCAGUGCGGGGACAAGGCCGGUCUUCAAAUAUGAUAAUGGCACCGUACCAGAGGGUCGGUGGCCAUGUAAAGAUGUCGGCGCUGGGGGCCGAUCAAAAACAAAUAAUCAACGGUCCUCAUCCGUGAGGAGCAGAAAUGAGGCCGGUCUUCCAAAUGAUCACCAUGCCGAGCCAGAAGAGUCGGUUGUGGUGAGAGGAAAGUCGGCGCUGGGAGGCCGAUCUGUAAAUCCGAGGGUCUUACAGGUGCCCUCAGCCCAUAAUGUUGCUCUAGGUGCUGAACGGCGGAGGCCAGAUUGCCAAUCAGGUAGCGUAAUCUGAAAGCUCGUGCAUCGUACAGUCCAUAUGACUUCCCUUCAUGUGUUGUGACAUAUAUACAUUUGUAGUCCCUUCUUUUCUCAAUCGUCCAUGAUUCCUUCUACACACUAGUAGCCUCACUCUUUCUUUUUCUUUCUUUCUUUCUUUCUCUCUCUCUCUCUCUCUCUCUCUCUCUCUCUCUCUUUUUUUUUUUUUUUUUUUUUUGUAAAUCUCCCCGUCCGAGCUGGUCGAACGGCUCUAAAUGUAAAUAUUCCUUCUUUUUGUUGCCAAUCAUGAACGUCUUUGCGCUUCAUGCUGAACGUCAUAAACAUCUCUUUGCUUCAUGACUUCCCCGUUCGGGCUGACCGAACGCCUAUGAAUGUGAUUCUUUUCUGCCGGUCAUGAAUGUCUAUGUGCUUCAUGCCGAGCAUCAUAAAUAUCUUUGUGUUUCAUGAUUCCCCGUUCGAGCAUAUCGAACAAAUUUUACUGCACAAUAAGCAUGGUAAUGCGGCCAUAUGGCCGAACAAUAUAUACAAGCAUAUACAAUUACACAUGUAUAAUAUUUCCCUUUUAUUCUUUAUUUUUCAUCCAUGACUAUCGGCCGAAGCGGUAAUAAUAACCCUUGGCCUAGAUUCGUUUCUUGAUCCGUUAGAGUCCACGACUCGAACCACCUAGUGUUUUGUCGGGUAUUCAAGUACGUAUUUCGCCCCGUACUGGGUAUAGUUGCCGUUCAGGCACUUAAUGCCGUAUGAGACCAUGAAUGGUUUCAAAACUAAAAUAUGUCAUCGGGGACACUUCAGCCAAUUAAUUUGGCCCGAUCGGGGGUGGACUGAUACACGCAGUCAAACCAAACAUUUAAUUAAAAUUUUGGUGAUAUUGUUCAUAAAGCCCCGUUCGGCAUUAACUUAUUCGGGAUUUUUUUUAAUCCUUAUUAAGUAAUGGUGUGUGCAAUUAAUAGUAAGAAUACUAUUUAAUCAACCAAUGAAUACUCUAAUGCAUGAGUACUUGGUGCGUUGUCGGAGUAAUACCAUUCGGGGUACUCCGAUCGCUUACAUUCAGCCGAUCGCGGGUUGGCUGGUCCGCCCAUUUAAACCAAAUCAUUUAAUUUUCAAUGAUAAUGGACUUGUCACUGGAGUCUCGCUCGGCCAUUAUUCAAUUCAGGAAAUUUUAAUCUCUACUAAACAAAUAAUGGCGAUGCGUAACUAAUAGUAAUAUUACUAGAUUACUUCAUUUAAUAUUUUCAUGGAUGUCCGGCCUCACUGAGCGGGUCCGCAAAUGCUCCGAUCGCUAAUUAAGGCCGAUCGGGGUAAGCCAAUAGCCCCUACUAAAACCAAUCAUUUAUCUAAAUGACGGUGAGGUUAUCGCCAGAGCUUCGCUCGGUCAUUAUUUAAUUCGGGAUAUUUUAAUCCCUAAUAAAUAAUGAUGAUAACAAACAUUCCUCAUAAUGCUAUUUGAAAUUAAUUCGCAAGUGAGAGGUUGUGUACUUAGCUGAAUAAGGCUGAUGUUCAGCUGGCAGGCCAAUAGAUCGGCCCGAUUAGAUUCCACUGGGUCAGAUGAGAUCCAGCUCUAUUUUUGCCGUGGUACAUAUAUGUUUUUUAAUUCCAACCCAAAGAGUCAAGAUCUGACGUCUGGGAGGCUUCAUCUGAUUUGGGCCCCUUGAAACCCCACAUUCCAAUUGCCCAAUACUGGUACCGAACGGGGAAAUCGAGCGAUGGUAUUCUCCGGUUCGCGAGCGGCAACUGCCACACGGCGCAGAGGAGAGGUCUAGCCGGGGGUCGGAUGGUGGUAAGCUGGAGCCUUCGGUUGUCUCUCCCCGGUCCCCUAGCUGGUUUGCCCGAACGGGAUCUGUCGUCCCCGCGUGAACGGGAUUCUCCAGUAGCCUCUGUGGUCAAGCGUGUUGUACUGCCGAUUUUUGGCGCAGAUGAUGCCGAGCGGUGGGCUGCCUUGCCGUACAUCCGAUCUGCGCCGGCGUUGAGUUCCUUCGUCCGGGUGGUGGUGUUCGGUGUGAUAGUUCGGUAAAAACAUCCUGCUCGAGAUUUUAGCUAAUACCUUUUGACAGCGAGACUCCAAACCAAACCUUGGGGAUUCUGACCAGGGUCUAUUGCUCCUGCUGAAGACUCCCUUGUGGUGACGGUCGGCCUCAUCUGCUGUCUUGCUACGCUCCAGUUUAAUCAACUUAAUACAGGGGGCCUAGGUAGGUUCGGGAGUUCUCGUUCGGUAUGGGCAACACCUGGUGGGUUUGAACAGGAUUGCUGGUUGAAAAUGGAGUAUCUGUUGUUUGGUUGUGGGGCUUUUGCCAUCUCAGGACGGUACAGGCCGUUCGGUCAAAGGAUAUGGCCAUCGAACAUCGCCCUACGGUGGCCUUAACUCCUCCGUUCAGUUGGAAUACCCGUUCUCCCAUUCAGCAUUAUUUUGAUCCGCCACUACCGGAAAAUAAUCAGAGCUCUCCGCUUGCCCCGCCGCUGGUUCGGGCUAUACCCGGAUACAAAGCGUGCUGGUCCGGAAAAUUGCGUUCGGGCCCUGCCAUAUUAAAAACGAUUACCUAUUCCUGGUUGAUGUGCAUGGUACACCAUCCGCAGGUCCGAAUGCCAUCGAUCUUUAGCUUGGACGUUCGGGGAGCUCCCGUUCGGCGUUCGGGAGGCGGUGUUUACUUUUGGAUAAGGGUGACUCAAUCACAUCACCCACUUGUGUUUUGUUGUCAGGCCUUCCACGUGAGGAUAGCUACGUACUCUUUGAAUCAAGCUAAUGGGUGCAUGGGCCCCACUUCAUAUCUUCCCAGUAGAAUUACGUCCACCACUCCUGGCCUUCUAAUCAAUCACCCUGCUUAACUGGAUGUGGAAUUUCUUCAAUUUCUUCCAUAUUCGUUUCAUCCACUUCCUUUUUUCGUUGAAAUCAGUCCAUCUUCGUGUGAAUUUUUCGCAGAAAUAUCAAGAACACUUGUAACUUUUUGAUCCUUUCCCACAGACGGCGCCAAUGUUGAGGUUUUGUCCCGUAGAUCCGGAAGCCCAACAUAAACUUCGGAUAUUAAGGACGAUGGAUUCGGUAUAUAAAAGUGAAUAUAAAUAUAAAAGUGUAUGAACUAGCUAUUUUUACGUGGAAACCCGGAAAGGGAGAAAACCACGGGACUUUUUAGGCUAACGUCCAAGCCCGCUCUUUCUCAUUAAUAUGCUCCCAUCACUCAUUUACAAUUUUACAUAGUACCAAUAUUUCUUGGAUCUUCCAUUAAUGGAGCUUUAAUAACUAAGCUAAAAGAAUAAGAAAUAAGGAUGAAGAACUCAUCCAGGAAAGGAGAGCCAGAAAAAGCAGAUCCUUUGAGUGGAAGCCUUCCUUCCUAUUUAUAGGAAAAGGGGAGGGCUUUUCUAUUCUAAUAAGGCCUUAAUGGGCCGAAGCAGGCCCAUGUGGGCCGAAAUGGGCCGGUUGGCCUAAAUGGGCCUCGCCAAAUGGGCCCCGUACCGGGGUGGUGUCUUGGGCAUCUGAACAGUAGUAGGCCGGGAUAUUAUUCCCCAACAUAUACUAAAUUUCAUAACUUUUUAUGAUCUUUCAUAUCACACCAAUAUUGAAUAUAUAAAAUUCAAAACAAACUAAAGAACAUAUGGGUUGAAAACCUCCGUGAGAACCACGAUCCGUCAAUACACAUAAUUAUAAACUAAGUUAAUAGGUAGUAUCAAUUGAUCAAUACGAUAUACAAAAUUGAACAUAUUCGUAGUUAGUAAACAUUACUAAGUUUUUUUCCCAUAUAAUAUUGAAUUUAUAUAUUAAAGUUAAUCAUUUCGGGUUUUUACCAGUUCAGAUCGGGUUAUAGAUUUUAGAGCCCGUUUAUGCGCCCUAAUAUUCGUGUUUGACUGGUUUUUACUAUUAGGGCCGGUCAAAAAGAAAAAACCAGGACUGUGAACAUCAAUCGGGGCGGGCUAGGGUCGGUUUUCGGGUUUCGGUCCGGUUUUUCCCACCCCUAGCAUUGUCAAUACAUCCACUAAAUAUAUUUUUUAUUUUACUUCACAUGAAAAAUACUCCCUCCGUCAUUUAAAACUUUGUCAAGUUUGACCGGUGCGGAGAUUAAUAAAGUAAAAAAUGUGUGGUUGAGGUUUGUGCAGAGAGAAUUAACUGAAACCACAAAUUCUUUACUGAAAAGGAAAAUUGGCAAAGUUAGUGGAAAAUCCAAAAAGGAAAGUUGGUAAAGUUUUAAGGGACGGAGGGAGUAUAUAUAAACGAUUUAAAAAAUAACUGUGAGAUUUUACUUUUAAAGCCCGUUUGGUGACUCUGUUUUUCUGCUUAUCAAACUUAUCAGCCAACUUCUUUACGAAACACGUAACUUUUGAUUUCACAUGCUGAAUUUUUUAAUAAAAAGAAAAAGUAAGGUUGAAAUUACUCUUCCGACUGUAUUGGCUGAAGUGACUGUAGAUUAUCAUUCUAGCUAUUUUUCAUACAAAUUUUUCUUUAUUGUAUUAUUAAAAAAUAUUUUAAAUAUAAUUUUUUCAUUUAUCAUCAUAAUUGGCCAAUACACCCACUUCAGCCAUAACUUCAUAAGUUUCAGUAGAAUCAGUCGAUUAAACCAAUUUUAGUGUUACUAAACGGGCUCUUAAUAGUUGGAUCUAUUUAUGAAAAAAAUUGAACUUAAAUCAACAAAUUAGAUCAUCCCAUUUUUGUAAAAAAAGUUGGUUUGCAAUCAAGUUUAGUGACGGAGCAUGGUUGCAAGUGAUCUUUUAACUCAGUAUGAUCUUCAGAAAUUUUUAAACUUUAUAUAUAUAUAAUAUUGACAAUAAAAAAUCAUGAAAUUUAGUAUAUUUUUCAAAAAAGUUGGAACAAAAAUUUGAAACACACAAAAGUUUAAAGAAAAGGUUUUUUUUAGUUCUCCCACCUUAAAUUUAUCUCCUCGGCAAUAAGGGUUUCUCUCAGAGGUUGCUUUGGGCGGUCCGCGUUUCUGAAGGAAAGUAGCCAUUCCAUUUGGCGUGUUUCGUUAACCAUAGUUUAAACGUGCAGUACAUGGGUAAAUAUUUUUUACUACACCUUAUUUUUGUAAUUAAUUAUUUUUUAGCACUAGUUUAGAAAAAAACUCAUUUAUUCUUAGAGAACUAGGCUCUACGUGGAACGCGUAGUAUAUAAAGGAGAUCAUUUGUGUUCCUUGCCAAGUGCUGAGGUAAACAACCAAACUUUCAGUCAUAGUCACAGUUGUUGCUAUUUUAUUUUAAAUAUUAUUAGCAAAUAAAAUGACUUUUUGGUCUUGCUUCCAAUUUUAUUCCGAAAUCAAAAUACUAAUCUCAUGUGUUUUAUUGUAGAGAAGAUGCAACCUUUAUUAUGUGCUUAUUAGGGAGAGAACGAUAGAGAGAGGUGGGAAAAUGGUGGGGUAGAGAAAAAAAGAUUAUGUUUAAUUAUUAUUUUUAAAGAGAGAGAUAGAGUGAAAAAGAAAUGGAAAAAGUAAAUGAAGAGAAGAGAAUGGAGAGGAGCAUGACCCAUUUAAUGGAUAGUACAUAGGCCCAUUGUUGGCCCUAUGUACUUAGGGUAACUCAAAAUGAUUGUAAUAUCUAAAUUCAAUUAACUUGUGAUAUAUACAUUUUACACAGUAGCUAGAAACAUUCAUUUCGCGGCUGUAUGAAUUAAGUAAUCUAAAUGGUCUAUUUCUUUAAUUAAUUGCAAAUUUAUUUAACAUAUGUUGAUUUGUGUUGUACAUCUUCACCUAUAAAUGUGGUAGUUACAUUCCUUCCUCAAUCGUCACACGAUAAACUUGGAAUCCUAUCACAUAUUGGGCGGGAAAAGGGGCAAAUAAGCCCUCGAACUACUCAAAAAAGUGCAAAUAAGCCCUUUUGUAGGAGGUUUCGUUUGUCUAUCGUCAUUUGGGGAGGUUCCCGGUGGAAUUAUUUGAUGAAAUUUUUUGGGCAUCUUAUUCAAUAAGUCUAGUUUAGUCAUACCGAAUUUCAACUAAAAAAUCAAUCGGGAAGAUAGUCAAAUGAAUUUUUGAAGAUAACUGCGCAGUUAAACAACGCAGUGUAGUUCCGAAAGUCAUUUGAGUGCCUUCCCGGUUGAAUUUUUAGCUGAAAUUUGGUAUGGAUAAACUAGACUUAAUGAAGAAGAUGCUCAAAAAAAUUCAUCAAAAAAUUCCACCGAGAACCUCCCCAAAUGACGAUGAUCGGACAGAACCUCCUACAAAAGGGCUUAUAUGCACUUUUUUUAUUAGUUCGAGGGCUUAUUUGCCCCUUUUCCCCAUAUUGGGCAUAUUUAGCCUUUAGCGGAUAACACGUCAGGAGAUGUUUAAUAGGUUACAUGAGUCAGUCAAUGGGUUUGACUAACGGAAUAAGUUGGCGGGUUGCCAGGAGAUGUUUGAUAGUUUAGCUCUUCAGUCAUGACAAUUAGUGAAAAACACAAUAUUUCAAAAUGUUAACUUUUUGGACACUAUUUGACAUUGUUUGAAAUUGUUUGCACUGUUUGACCUUGUUUUGAUGUAGGAUAACUUUGCAUUUAGGGAAAGAGGUACUUCUUUUUGGGACAUCCAAAAAAGGAAAAUGAGAACAUCUUUACGGGACGGAGGGAGUAUAUUUAUUGAAAACGCAUGAAGUGGUCAAAGUAUCAUUUUUUUUCAAACACCAUUUUUUGCUUAAUCAAGUAGUCGAUGCUGCUUUUGUUGUCGGGGCUACAUUUUUUCUUACAGAGGUUAUCAUUUAAUUAAUCAUUUCAGGUUAAUACUUUUCUAUUUCAUUUUGUUACAGAGGUUUGAAACAAAUCACUAAAAGUUUGUUAUUCUUUCCAUUUCAUUUUGUAUAAUAAUGCUUCGGGGUUUCUAAUAUUGUAUUCAAUUAAUAGAAAAUACUAAAUGUGCCUGUUAAGGGGUACGUAAUAUGAUAAAGCUAUUUUAAAGUAUAUUUGUACUCUCUGGGAUAUUCAAAACUGCACCCAAUAUUCAAAAUUCGUGUGUAUUUGUUAAAAAAAAAAAAAGAAAAAAAACUCUUGCAUUUAGUAUCAUAUACUCCGUAUAGGAAAAACUCUUGGAUUUAGUAUUAUAUACUCCGUAUAAGAAAAGUAGGUGUAGAAAACCUAAUACUAAAAGUAUAUAUAGUAUGUCAACUGAGAAUCGCCAUUUAUACAUUUUCAUCACAUAUUUGUGCAUCUACCUUAGUUUUGAUGCCUGGGGGACUGGGGAUCCAAUAUUAUACUACGUGGUAUGAUUUAUAUACGAUUAAAAAUAGGGAAAGUUCCCGAAAUAGGAUUAAAAUAGUUUGAAAAUUUCAAAAUGGGACUGUCAUGUUUUUUAUUCCCAAAAUAGGAGUAAUUACUGUCAUGUUUGGAAAAUACUGCCAUGUUUGAAGUCUGGUACUGUCAAAACAUGGCAGUAAUUAGUCCUAUUUUGGGAAUAAAAACAUGGCAGUCCUAUUUUGGAAUUUUCAAACUUUUUUAGUCCUAUUUCGGGUAAUAUCUCUUAAAAAUAUUAAAAAUAUUACACUCCGUGUUUAAUUAAUUAAAAGUACUAUGUGUGUGUGUUAAUUAAGUGGCCGGUGAUCACAAAGCUGUUUUUGCAUCUAUGGCUAUGUUUGGCGGGCAUAAGUCCCUGACUUCUAGCUUUUGUACUGUUCAAAAAGUUCCUAAAAACUUCUAGUUGUGUAUUUGGCAUGACAAUAUUUAAGAGCUUUUCAAAAAUUAAAAGAUCUUUUUUGAGAUGCUAUAACCAGGAGUAGCAUCUAAGAAAAGCUAGUGACUUUUAGUAUUAAUUAAUCCUAACAGCUUGUAUAUCAAACCAAACUACAUCAAACAGUCAGCUUUUUAUCAAACAACUACCACCUUUUCUUUUUAAGAUCUUUUCAGUCACUAAAAGCUAACAACUAUUAAAAAGCUCACAAAAAUAUCUUUUCACCUAGUUGUGCCAAACAUGCCCUAUAUUUCACAUAGCGAUGAUUAAAAAUAUCAAGUACGUGAACUAUUAGAAAUAGAAAGUAUAAAAAAUUGAAAAUAAAAAACAUGUGUAACAUUAGAAUAUGGUUGUGAAUGUAUUUGUAUAUGUUAUUUUUUUAUCCAAUCAAGUGAUAUUACUAUUUACUAAUGGUAAUAAAACUAUAAUAAUAAUGACUUGACAAUUACUAUUCAUAAAUAUGAGUGUUUAGAUCUAUUUCUUAAAAUUGUUUCUACUCACUCAGGAAAUAUAAAUGGUUAGAGCGUUUUGAUAAAAGUGCAUAAAUACUUCUAAAUGAUUUAAAUUGUUUUUAGAAGCAAUUUUUAGAAGUUAUGGAAGAUUAGCUAAUCAAAAACCCAUUUUGAUUUUACUUUUACUUUUAAAAAAGUAACAGAGACCAAAUCAAGCACCGCCAUAAACCGCUAAAAAGUACUACCUCCGUCCCAUUUUAUGUGUCUUCUUUGCUUUUGGCACAAUUUUUAAUAAAGUGGUUGAAAAGGUAAAAGUUGUGGUUGAGAUUUGAGUAUAGUAAAGUGAAAUGUUAUGAACCACAUAUUUCUUUCCAAAAACGGAAAGAUGACACUUAUUUUGGGACAACCCAAAAAGGAAAGUAAGACAGGUAAAAUGGGACGGAUGUGUUGUUGUAACUUUGUUAAAGUAAAAUGUGCUUGAUAUUUAUUUUUGUAGGAAACUUAAAACUCCAUACAGCUCAAAACUCGAUGCUUCCUUCAGAGGGUAUUAAAAAAAAUUGAAUACCAUUAGCUUUCAAUGUGCAUAUGUAAUUUCUUGGGCUCAAAAAUUCAUGAAUAUGUUAUUAUUAUGACUAAACAUAUUUUCAGAUAUUUAUUCCACUUUUAAUAUACCAUGUGCUUCAGAGGUAAAUAGAUGUGCUAAUUAUUCUUAUUGUGUUUUAGGUCUGAAAAUCAUAUUUACUAUGGAUAUGUUGACACACAAAUCAUCCAACAAAAAAUAAUAUCUCAUGCAUCGCACAGGUACAAAACUAGUUUGAAAAUAAAAGAGCAAGUUUUUUUUUUAAUUUUGUGAAUAAAAUAGUCUUCAGGACUCGACCUGAACUGAAAGCAAAUCAGGUAGAGUAGUUGAGUUCUUCUCCUUUUAUAUCUUGAACUUAAAUCACGUUGAGUCGUUGAGUUCUUCUGCUUUUAUAUCUCGAACUUAAUAGAUCCGAUUACUAAAGGAAUGAACCCAAUCCAGAAUUAAAUACCUAUUAAGCGUGAUUGUGUCAUAGCUCUAUUGUCUAAAAAAAGGGAUUAGAAGUGGGGUACCUCAGCCUUGGAAACAUUAACACACAUCUCCCUGAGUCUGCUCGCAUUGUUUGAACCUGUGUCGGGUAUGAGUUGAGCAAGAAUUUCUGGAGAAGCAGGCCUGACCUGUAAAUCGUCAGUGAUUAAGAACUCUAUUCCUCCCUUCAAAAAGGCUCCCUCAUUACUCGAGGCUUUGGGAUAAGGGUACGUGGAUGUCGAACUUCCACAUUUGCAGCUAAUAUUUUGGUAAAUGCUAUGAUAUUUGCACUCCCAUGUGUAUUUACAACGGUAAGUGAAUUCGGACCCAGAAUCAUCAAUAUUAAUCUUCAAAUUCUUGCAGAAGGCCCAAAGGGGAUUUCUGGGAUUGAGUACCAUAUUCUUGCAGUGUUCUGUCUGCCAGUACUCUCUGCUUAGGUUUUGAACACCUUCGUAUAUCUUGUUCACACACCCUAUUUUUACAGCAGCUGAAGGUUUCUCCUUUGCAGAGGUGCUGGUAAGUCUGAUAAUGGUUCCAAUUGGUAAGGUGAGAAAGCUGAAAAGUAUAUCCACAAAAUCCUUAUCCGCUUCCGCAGCCACUACUCGGUUUAUCUCGUCAUCUACCCACAGCUUCAGGGAUAAUACUACGGGCUCUUGCUUGGCCGCUGCCAUGAACUCGGCACCUUUUGGCGUAAGAUUCUAAUCAGGAAAAAGAAAAGAAAAGAGAAUUCAUCCUCCUACUUCCACACUUAUUUAAAGCGAAGAUCGAAGAAGCUGAAAAAGUGAAAAGGCCCUUUGGUUUUAAUUGCAUCGGGUGUUUGAAAUUCAUUGAUUUGCCUCAAUUCCGAUUUCCUGUGCUUGACUACGCCUGACCUUAUGUUUUCGGG